UUAAAGCUUUUACUUGUUCCGCUUUAGACGUUUUUCUUUUCGCAUCGCUGGCCGGGAGAUUGAACUGCGCACAUAUCAGGUGUAUUACGAUAUUGAGCGUCGUUGCCUUGACGACCGGGUUUCGUUUGUGCACGAGAGUGAGCCCUCAAACAACAUUUUUUUCAGCGUUUAUGUGGGUAAAAUGCUUGACGAAAUCGUCCUGUGAGAGUUCGGCACCGGGUUUCCGACCGUCCUGCUCCACGAACACGUGAUUGAGAGGCGGGAGCAGCAGCGUGAUGGAGGGAGCAGAGGAGGAGGUCGGGGCUCCGACCGAAGCCGAGACCGUCGCCCCGGAACUCCCGGAGAUGUUAACAGCCUCCGAAAAUGCAGUCGCCUUCAUGUUCAGCAUUGAGCCGGCUGAGCUGGUGAAGUGUGUCUCCCCAGACACCCUGGACACGGUGUCCGAAGGCGGUCGACACUUGGGGAAGUUCACAGUGACGGUGGAUUUCGCCCACAGACAGCUGCAGCCGUGUGUCAUGCUGCACGCUCAAAGCAAAGGAGCCAUCGAUGACUCGCCCUGUGGCACCACGGUGACAACUUACCUCAGCGGGGACCUGGAGGUGCUUGAGGAGGAGUACCACGAGUAUGUCAAGAUCGAGGGACACAAUUUGGACAGACGGUGUCACAUGCUGCAGCAGGAUGGGCAAAUGGUGGUUAACAAGGUCACGGUUGUUGGAGAGGAGGUGUCAAAGGUCAGCGUUUCCUACCCCAUGAGUGACCUGAGAGGACUGGUAACAGAGGGCUCCAAUUUGAUCCUGAUGCGGCUGCUGGCCCUGAGGAAGAAGGUUCCUGCAGACAUGACGUUUAUUUGCUUCGACAAUGGACUGCACAUCAUUCAAACCAGCUUUACCCAGCUGAGUCCAGAGCAGAUGGAGGUCAGAGGUCAGACUGUGGAGGUUUUUGGAGUCCAGAGGAUUAUCCACUCUGUGGUGGAGAGCCCCACGACGUGGCAUUGUUACUACCUGCCCGAUGGACACCUGGCCAGUCGGGUGCAGCUGGGAUCACCGAUUAUGAUGAUGCGGCUAGAUUUUCCAUCAGAAGAAGAAAAAGGUCCUGAAAAGAUUCCUCUGGUAUGGGAGGAAGACAUGCAGUUGCACUCCAAAUUCCUGGAUAGAAAGGCAGAGCUGAAGGCUGACCACGCCCUGUACUUGAGACAGCACCCAGAAAUCCGUGCCCUGGUCUCUGACUUCCUGCAGUUCUUGUUACUCCGAAAACCUGAAGAUGUCUUUACGUUCGCCAAAGAAUACUUCCUCCCUUUUACUAACCACCGUCCCGCAGAGUCAAGCCAGUCGCUCUGAUAUCAACUCUGUUCCAUUUGAUCCGUCUACCGACCUGACCUUUGACUUUUGCCUUAAACAGUGUGGACAGUGCUCAAUGGAUCGUAGGAGACACCAAGAGGUGGGGUUCAAUGUGUACUGAGUGGCGGUCUACCGUGAGGCCAGUACCAUGAUAUCAUACUCAUAUUUAAACCAUGCCUGCGUGGGUUUCCCCCGGGUACUCCGGUUUUGUCCCACUGACUAAAAAGAUGCUGCACGCUAAAUUGGAUAUUGUCGAUUGCCCACAGAUUUGAAUGUGAGUGUGACUUAGGAAGUGUCUGUUGUAAACUACUAUUAAUCUUUCAUGUUAAAAAAAGCGAACGUAUAGAAGUUACGUUUUUUGGGUGACAAUGUUUAAUGAUAGUUCCGCAGUUGAGGUGAAAUAAGGUUUUCAAAAUGUAAGACUUCGUCGCAACUGUGUGAUGCUUCAAAU